AUGCCUAUGUCAUAUUUCCAUCAAUGGUGCGCAGCAUUUGCAACCAGCAAAUUGGGGAUGCAGGCAAUGCACAAAGGUGCACAUUGUUUGCAGCAGCAGCUGCAAGUCCUGCCACAACCCGCAUCUCCACUCCAGGCCCAAGAUCUCGCACCAGUACCUCAAGAUCUACACCCUACCAUUGUCGAAGAGCCAAUCGAAACCCAGAGUCUCAAGUCAGUUGACACCAAGAUGGAGGAUCAGGUUGGAGAUAGUACUGAUCCACUCCUCAUUCAAGAGGAGAGGGCAGGAGACAAAGAGAGAGGUCAAGCGGCAGGAUCAGAGGACCACCAUAGCCCAGUAUCUGUGCAGGGCUAUAGCACCAUCAACAGUUUGCUUGGGAGCUUGGCCGGCACCCACAAUCUGCAUAUCCUGAGUGCUAACUCACCUGGCUCAACCUCCAGCAUGCACAACGAAGAUGAACAGCUUAUGGACACCACAGAACAUCACUCUGGUGCAGGAUCAGUGACUUUACACAGUCAACCAGGAGGACAGCCUCUUAUUGGUACAAUGCACAUGUCCACCCCUCCCCCUGCUCACCCCAAUGGCUUGUCUCCUGAUAGCCACAGUCCCAUGGCUGAUCCUACAUCCAGCAGUGUCCUAGUUGGGCCCCCACCCCUGCAGGCCACUACCAAUUGCAACAGGCUGAAAAAGCAAAGGAUUGCCACCAUUGUCAUGCUGUUCAGUGGCACCCAGCCAGUGGGCAAGCUCUGGGGAAGAGGCAAAAUCAAGAUCAAACAAACCGAUGAAGCUAGUGCAACAGGUCUCAUCCAUACAAUCUUUGGCCAGACGGCUGGUGCGCCCAGCCAUGGCCUCUCUCAAUUCCAGGGUGAGAAAUACUGGGACUACUCAGUCUCCACCUCAGUCAUCCCAUCAUUCUACCAAUAUGGCCAGGACACUUAUGGGAGACAAGAAGGACACCAGUACAUCAGCAUCCUGGGCCCAAUCAUCUCUUGCACAACUCGCAACGAUUUGCCUAUCAUCAUGCACCCAAUGAGACAGGAUACCCCGCAGACUUCCUUGUUCAAGAGCCACCUUCCUCCCAAAACUAGACAACAGUGGGUCAAUGGUGAUACUUAUGUUAUCUACUUAUUGUCUCUCUCGACGUUCCUUCCUGAACUGCCCAAUGUAAUGCCCUCUACGCCUCUUCAGAGUCCAUCACCUGACCCCCCUGCCAUCAAACCCAUGGUUACCCCCCUUGUCAUUUCUGCUUUGUUGCCAGCAGCUGCCCUUGCCAUCAUGCCUGCUUUCCUGUCAGGUCAACCCCCUGUUCUUCAGGCACCAGUCGUGGGAGAGUCCACAGUGCAGCCUACUGCAUUUGACAACAAUGACAAUGCCACCUAUUGCAAUUUUAUGCUAGCAGUCGCCCACCUAGACAAACAAGAACAGCAGCCUGAUGGGGAUGAAGGUGACAAUCAUGUGGAUGACUCGGGGCCUGUACAGCAUCAAAGGAGGCCAAUUGGCAUGCACACCCAUGUGGCUGAGCUCAAUCCACAUUUUGGCCACAUUGCAAGUUACCUCAAUGAGCAUCACUCUGAGAUACACAACUUGCUCUCUGGAACCACCCCAGCAGAUGAUCCUGUUGGGCACACUCAGUCUCUGUACUGGUUCAUUUGUUGGAUGGAGCUGUUCAUGGAGCUUGCAAUGGCUCUGUCAAUGCCUUGGAUCCUGGAGAGCAACAUGUUUAUUGUACCCCAUGCCAUAGGAUGGGAUGGCCAUAUCUCAUCCGAUGAUCUUGUCAGCUGGUUUUCAAUUCACAGUUGUGGUGGCUUAGCAUCUUGCCCAUCAAUCAACAAUAACCAAGUGAGACAAGGUAAAUUCCAGAGGGUGUGGGAUUUACAGAAGCGGCUGCCCUGCAGAGAGGAGGAUUAUCACAGAGGGGACUCCAGCAGGACUAAUCAAGCACACAGCCUGCUUGUCCAGGCCAAAGACAAUUGA